CCCGUUGGUUUAUAAACAUCGUACUUUUGCUUGAAUCUCCCAAAACCACCCAGUGUACUCGAAUAAGAAACACGCGUAUAUUAUUAAAAUGUGGCGUAUUAUUUGUGUUACUUUACUGGUGUCGCUUUGGUCAAAUGCGUAUGCACAAGAAUAUUUACCACCCAAGAUCGGAGGUCCUAAGAAACCUAUACAGGAACCGACGUUGCCAGCUAACUACGACUUCUCGUAUGACGUACAAGACAAUGGAGUUAGCUUGGACUUCGGACAUAACGAGAAGAGGAAGGAGGACCAUGCAACUGGUUCCUACCACGUGCUGCUACCCGACGGCAGAAUGCAGCUCGUCGAGUACGAGGCUGGGCCCGACGGGUACAAGCCACAGGUGAUGUACAUGGGUACAGCGACGUACCCACCAGCUGGCGGUGCGUCGGACAAGUUCGACGGGUAUCAUUACAACGCGGCCUCGAAUAGACAAAGUGUAAGGCAGGCGGCGCCGCGGGGCGGUUCGCGUUCACCCGCCGCCCCGGCGCCCUUGUCAGCCCCGCCACCACACUCCGCAUCACCUAACGCCACCCAGUGAACUACUUCCACCCACACUGCCGACCUAGCUAAAUAAGAAUAAAUACGAAUAUAUUUAGUUACUUACCCAUUUACUUAGUUCCACACUUUGUGUAGGUGCGGUAUAAAACAUCGGUCGUGUCCAUCUUUAUGCGAAUUGUAAUUUAUAUUUUACCAAAUGCCAAAUCCCGUAUAUGGAUAUGUUCACCUGACUGACUUGCUACGUUUAUUGAAUUUGAGAUUGAAUGUAAUUAAGAAACCACUGUCGUAAACUGACAAAAGAAAAAUGAAAAAAAACAAAUUAUCCUGUAAAUAAAGUGUUGCGAAAGAUAUUUUGUAUUUUCUUCUACUUGUCUAUA